AGUUGGUGCCCUAAUUGGAAUUUGGAACCACAGCGAGGCAGAGUAGAAGAUGUUUAUGUGGCGGGAACCUCUUGACUCUGGAGAAGAAAACCCGCGUUUCCUUGGGUAGUCGAAAGGAAGCAGAAUGGGAUUCAAAAUUCUUCCAAAAUGGGCAUCGAAGCCUUGCGUAAUGGGAAUCGACGAAGCUGGAAGAGGCCCCGUUUUAGGGCCUAUGGUCUACGGUUGCUUAUACUGCUCUCAGUCCUAUCUGAAGACCCUUUCCACGUUGAGUUUUGCAGAUUCUAAGACACUCAAGGAAGAGAAGAGGGAAGAAUUGUUUGAAACUUUAAAACUCAAUGAUUCUAUUGGAUGGGAUGUUGAUGUCAUUGACCCCCGGGAACUCUCCGCUAAAAUGCUUAAGAAGAAUAAGAUUAACUUGAAUGAGAUUUCACAUAGCUCUGCCAUGGGCCUCAUUGAUAGGGUACUGAAAAUGGGAGUGCUUCUAACUGAGGUUUAUAUAGAUACAGUUGGAGAUGCAGGGAAAUAUGAAAUGAAGCUCUCUAAUAGUUUUCCAUCUAUCAAAUUUGUGGUUGCAAAGAAGGCUGAUAGCCUUUACCCCGUUGUCAGUGGUGCAAGCAUAGUUGCAAAGGUCACAAGGGACCGUGCUUUAAGAGAAUGGGUGCUUGAUGAGACUGCUGAAAACAUGCAGAGGAAUUUUGGAUCCGGAUAUCCUGGAGAUCCCCAAACCAAGUCCUGGCUAGAGGAUCACAAACAUCAUAUCUUUGGAUUUCCAUCAUUGGUCCGAUUUAGUUGGGGAACCUGCAACUCUUAUUUUAAAGAUGCCGCAGAAGUGUUAUGGGAGUCUGACAAUUUAGAUGAAGAUGGUGGUGGAAGCAACAAUAAGAAUGGCAAGCGGCAAUUGAAAUUAAGCAAUGUGGGUUUCACCACAUCCAAGAGAAGUGAAGAAAUAGAAUCAAGUGGUAAAGGACGCUGUAGGUUUUUUCAGGCUCGGAAACUUGAGCACCUCACUUAUUUCUAAAAGUGAUGCUCAAGUAUUGUCCCCUCUAUUUGCCUUAUUCCAGUAAUAUCUAGCUAUGUGAAACUAUAUAUUAUUCGAAUUUCAUCCUUAGAUAACAUUUUCUGCAUAUACAGAUGAUGCUCAGUCUAACAAGAUGUGUACCAAGUAUUGCGUCAAUUUAAUUAUUAGUAUACUUAAUAUCUAUUGAAAUUUAAGCCAUCAUAUUAAACAUUUAUUUC